AGAAUAAAAUACGGUUCAAGCCUGAACCAAAAAAAGAACCAAAGAAACCCCAAACGGGAAUUUUUUUUCUCUUCCUUUCUUUAUUUUGUGUACUACCUCUUUGAGAGGUUUUCUCUGCAUUCGAUCUGCGAACCUGUAGAUCUGGAAACCAAAGAAAAAAGAUAGACAAUUAAUACAAAAUGUGUGAGUUUGCAGGAGAAGAAAGGCAUCCGAAGGCGAAGAAAAUAACUCUGGAAGAACUGAAGAAGCACAGCAAGAGGGAAGAUCUGUGGCUGGCGGUGGAAGGAAGCGUUUAUGAUGUUACAAAAUGGGUAAAUAAGCAUCCAGGCGGUGAGCUGGUGCUGUUAAAUCUUGCAGGGCAGGAUGUGAGUGAUAUAUUCAUUGCGUAUCAUCCUCCCUCUGCAUGGAAGUACCUGAGGACGUAUUUUGUAGGAUAUCUGGAUGGGGAAGAUGUAUUGGAAUCCACUAAGGAUUACCGCCUGCUGAGAGAAGAUCUGCACAAAGCUGGCAUGUUUAAUGGCGGCCUUAGCUUGUAUUACAAGAUUUCAAGCUGGAUUAUUGCAAUGCUUUCGCUCUGCGUCUGCGGAGUGGUUUUCAGCUCCAGCAUUUUCGUGCAUAUGAUCUCGGCGGUAUUGCUAGGGAUUGCCUGGAUGCAGAGCGGUUUCAUUGGCCACGACUCGGCGCAUUUUGGCCUGGUGAAAAGCCACAGAUUGGAGAUUGCGAUUCAGCUCCUGGUCGGGAAUCUGAUCACUGGCGUGAGCAUCGGAUGGUGGAAGAGAAGCCACAAUGUGCAUCACACGGCGGUAAAUAAUCUGGAAUACGAUUCCGAUUUGCAGUAUUUGCCGCUUUACGCGGUUUCUAGCAAGCUUUUCCAGGGUUUGUACAGUAGAUAUUAUGAGAAGAAGAUGGAUUUCGACCGGCUGGCCCGGUUCCUGGUUUCUUACCAGCACUGGUCCUUUUAUCCUGUUAUGGCCGUGGCCCGGUUUUUGCUCUUCGCUCAGUCUUUCACGCUUCUGUUUGACCUGAAAAAGAAGGUGGAUUACAGGGUACAGGAGAUUCUGGCCAUGGCGGUUUUCUGGGUGUGGUUUCCCGCCCUGGUUUUGUGCCUUCCUACUUGGACUGAACGCGUGGCAUUCGUGCUGGUUUGCUUCGCAGUUUCCGGCAUCCAACACGUGCAGUUCUGCCUGAAUCAUUUCUCGGCGAGUACCUUUGUAGGGCAACCGAGCAGCAAAGAGUGGUUUCCGAUGCAAAUAAUGGGGACCGUGAAUAUAACGUGCUCGCCAUGGAUGGACUGGUUUCAUGGGGGCCUGCAGUUCCAGGUGGAGCACCAUUGUUUUCCAAGGGUGCCACGUCAGAAUCUGAGGUUACUGACACAGUAUGUGAAGCCUCUCUGUGAAAAGCAUGACCUACCUUACAAGAGCGCCACAUUCUGGGAGGCUAACGUCAUGAUGAUAAAGACCUUGAGAGCCGCGGCGCUCGAGGCUCGGGAUUUGUCAAAGCCUGUGUCCAAGUGCUUGCUCUGGGAGGCCCUCAAUACCCAUGGCUGAAGAAUCCCCCUCGGCGUUAAUUUAUUUAUUUUUCAUUUUCAGAUCUAUAUUUCUGCAUUGUUUUUCUUACAAUUUAAGGUUUCAGUUUACGAAUUUAUACGAAUCUGCCGCUGCCAAUUUCGUCAA